AUGACAGUCUUUGAGAGCGACUCCAUCAUUGCCCAGGGACCAAACAAGACCCGGAUAGCAGCAGGAGCAUCCCACCGCCUGAUCGCGCUCUCCGGCGAUGGCGAAGCCGGAGUCUUGGGAGGCGGCAUGAACCACAGCGGCCAGCUCGGUGGCGGAUCUAGAGAUAAUGAGAGUACCUUCAGCGCGAUCGAUACCACGGGCAUGGAGAUCUUGGCGGUCGCCUGUGGUCGCGAGCACUCCAUGUUGCUCGCCAAAGAGCAGGAUAUCGAUUCAGCAGAUAGCAAGCAAUCUUCAGAAGCAACAGCAUCGGGAGCAUCGAAAAAGACAAUGCUUUUUGGGUUUGGAAACUCGAUGUAUGGGCAGCUGGGAUUAGGAGGAUCGAAGGAUACGUUCGGCAAGGAACUCAUAGGCGAGCAAGUCGCGGGGUUCGUGUUUGAGCCUUCGCCCACUCAAGUGCAGCUCCUAGAUCCGAAUGAGAAUGUUGUUCAGGUGGAAUGUGGACUCGAUCAUACCGUUCUUCGCACGGAUCAAGGCAACUUGUACUCGAUGGGAUGGGGAGCAGAUGGGCAACUUGGUUUAGGCCCCGAGUCGAGUUCUGAUCGCGCUUUGCCAACACUGAUUGAGCGACUGAGCUGGAAAGCUCGAGGGAAGGAGGUCGGACGGAUUAAGGAGAUCUCGACUUCAACGGAUUUUACUCUUGCAUUGCUGGAGAAUCACCAGAUCUGGAUCUGGGGCAACGCUGAGUACGGCCAAUGCAUGGUCAACAAGAAGAUCGACAGGAUCCUCGAACCGAUUCACAUUCCGCACCCUAUCCCUAAGACAGAAGUAAUUGCGUCCGUGGCUGCAGGAGGCACGUUUGGAUUGCUGCUGACUGAGAGUGGGAAAGUGUACACAUGUGGAUACGGAGCCCUGGGUCUGGGUCAUGACAAGAUCCAGAUCUUGAUGCCCGAACAGAUCACAGCGCUAUCUGGGGUCCGAAAAAUUGUCGCCAGCACGGACUAUGCCGCGGCCAUCGAUGAUAAGGGGGAUCUUUACACAUGGGGUACAUGUGGCAAGACAGGGCGCCUGGGCCAUGGCGACUUUGAACACAGCUAUGUGCCAAAGAGAGUGAAGAUGCCUCUGGAACAAGACGGACGCAAGGUCGUUGUGCACGAUGUCGCACUAGGUCAGGAUGGCGCCUUGGCGGUUGUUGAGUACGAUGACAAGUAG